AGUGGAAAGAAUGCUGCUUCAUUGGUGGUUAGUGGAAGAAUGCUCCUUCAUUGGUGGUCAAUGGAAAGAAUGCUCCUUCAUUGGUGGUUAGUGGAAGAAUGCUCCUUCAUUGGUGGUCUGUGGAAAAAAUGCUCCUUCAUUGGUGGUCAGUGGGAAGAAUGCUCCUUCAUUGGUGGUCAGUGGAAAGAAUCCUCCUUACAUUGGUGGUCAGUGAAAAGAAUGUUCCUUCAUUGGUGGUUAGUGGAAGAAUGCUCCUUCAUUGAUGGUCAGUGGGAUGAAUGCUCCUUCAUUGGUGAUCAGUGGGAAGAAUGCUCCUUCAUUGGUGGUCAGUGGGAAGAAUGCUCCUUCACUGGUGGGCAGUGGAAAGAAUGCUCCUUCAUUGGUGGUCAGUGGAAAAAAUGCUCCUUCAUUGGUGGUCAGUGGGAAGAAUGCUCCUUCAUUGGUGGUCAGUGGAAAGAAUGCUCCUUCAUUGGUGGUCAGUGGGAAGAAUGUUCCUUCAUUGGU